GUGUGAUGGAUAUGCCGACUAUUUUUUUUGAAAUAAAUAAGUAUCCGAAUAUUUUUUCUAGUACUGUCACUAAAUAAGUUAUCUACAUUAAGUCGAUAAAGUCAACGUGCUCGUUUACAAGCUCUUCCCUAUUUUUAGACGUUUGCAGACUGUCGUUGUCCAUUUGACUUGAGUCUUGACGACGUUCAAUUUUAGUUUUGUUUGUCCUGAAAUUUUAGUAGAAAUAAUUUGUUUAAAUGGAAGCUGCAGCAGAAGAAGUUCCUAAAGAAAGUUCCGAAAAUGUUUUGCCGGAAAGUAGUACGGCAGAAAAAACAUCAACCCCACCAGUUCAAGACCCCCCAAAAAAGUCGAAAAAAGAUGACCGUUCAAAAAAGGAUGAUAAAAUCAUCGAACAGUUCAUGAAAUCAUUAAACUCAGUUCCUACACUUGACGAAAAACUGUCAUUAGUUUGUAAGAAAUAUGUACAGACAGCUGACGACAAUAAGAAACUACAGUUCUAUAUAAAGCAGUCAGAUAAACGUUAUGCAUUGCUGGUGAAGGAGAAGGAACAGUUACAGCAUGAGUAUAACAAAACUGUAUUGGUCAAGUCGAAACUGGAGAACCUCUGUAGGGAGCUGCAGAAACAGAAUAAGGCAAUCAAGGAAGAGUCUCUACUAAAAAUCCGUGAAGAAGAAGAGCGACGCAAGGAAACGCAGACGAAGUUCCAGAGCACGCUAUCAGAGAUUACAACCCUGUUACAGCAGAACAAUGAUAAGAACGCCAAGUUACGUGACGACAAUAUCAGCAUGACGGAGAAGUUUAAGAGCGUGGUUCAGCAAUAUCAGUUGAGAGAGCAGCAGGUAGAAAAAAUGGCGAAACAAAUGUCAUUAGAAUCUCAACUCUCCGACGCCAAGCUCCAGAAAGCUGCAUUAGAGCAUCAAGCGGAGAAAGAACGUUUACUUGCAGACAUGGAGACACUAAAAGUGAAUCUGUCACAGUUACGGGCUAAGAAUAUGGAGCUACAGGGCAACGAGUCAGGUUUAAGGAGCCAGUUGGCAGUAUAUACUGAUAAAUAUGACGAGUUCCAGAAUGCCUUGGUGAAGAGUAAUCAGGUGUUUGGUGGAUUCAAAGAGCAGAUGGAAAAGAUGUCAAAGAAGAUCCAGAAACUAGAAAAAGAGUCUCUAUCCUGGAAGAAACGUUGGGAAACGUCGCAGACCGCUCUGCUGGACAUGUGUGGCGAGAGGCAGGCCAGUGAAGAGAGAGCCGCCGCGUCAGCAAGACAUCUGACCCAGAUGCAGAGCCUCUGCAGGACCUUGCAGGCGGAGCGCACAUUACUCCUAAACUCACUCAAGGAGCACAACAUCGAGCGACCUCCGUUACCUACCCCGCCGCCCGCGCCCGCAGCGCCCCCCGCCCCCGCACCCGCCAGCAACGCCAAUGUUGACGCAAUGGCGGCUAAUUGCGUCCAGUUAAGACAGAGCCUUGCACACUUACAGAGUCAAUUGAAUGUCCUGACCAACAAGAAAGAAGAAUCACCUAAGCCGGAAAAACCAAAGAAAUCAAAAUCCAAGAAGAACAAAAAAUUUACACAAGAAAAAGAAGCAGAAGCGGAAGUUAAAGACAGCUCAGAGGAAAGUCAAGCUAAUGUUGAAGAACAAAACCCUCAAGAACAGCCUGCAGAUAGCAAAGACGAAAAGAUUGACAGCAAAACCAUGGAAUCUCUCAUACAAGCUAUCAGUAUGGCUAAUAUUAAUAUUUCUGACUUAGAUAAUAGCGAGAAAAAUGAUAAAGUCGUUGAAAAUGACGAACAAGAUACCGAAAUUGAAAAAAAUAAUGUGACAAAUGAAUCAAAUAAAGAUGAAGAAUCAGUAAUACCACAAGUAGAAGAAGCAUUAACAACUACAGAAGAUAAUAAGCAAAACCUAGAUAAAGUAAACGAUAAAAACCUAGCAUCUCCAAAAAAUAAAAAAGAUGUGACAUUAACACAUAAAAAAAUGGAAGUUGUUAUGACCGACAAUGUGGAUACAGCUGUUUGUAACAAUGAAAAACUUGCGGAAGAAAAAGAUAAUAAUGAAAUUAAACAAAUUAUACAAGAAAAAGAACAAGUUGUUCAAAUUAAUGAUAUUAAAGCAAAAGUUGGGGCGGAAAAACAAAUCGGUGAUGUUAAAAUAAUUGAAGCUAAUCAAAUAGUUGACGCUAUUACAAAAGUUGACGAAGUAAACCAAAUUGUUGACGUAAAAGCAAAAGGCGAGAAAGUUAACCCCAUAUCAAAAAUAGACAAUAAAGUUAAUUUAAAUGCAUUAAAUACUGAAUCGAGUAAUAAUUUAGAUGCGGAUACGAAAGUUGUCGAAAAGUCAAUUAUUGCUGAAAAGUAAUGGGGGUUUUUUGUAAUUAUUUUUGGGAUUGUAAAUAAAACUUUGACGUAUCGUU